GAAGAACAAAGCACAAUUUGCCGCGCGAGUUCCUCCUCCGUCGAUGUAUCCGAGGUUUCUCUGAGCGAACUCCGAUGAAAAGGUCCGAUGGCGUGUGAAGGAAACGCGGUUCGGUGAAAGUUGUUGGCUUACAGACUGAGUUGGCUCAAAUCAGGCCUCGCCUGACCAUCCAGGUGCCGGUCGAGGUCUGACACCGGAAGUUGCCUUGCCUUCUCCCGCCCGCCAGCAUUAGCGGAAUCCGCCUCCACCCCAGCCAAGAGUUUAGGAAUCCAGUUUGUAAUAUGAAUAUUUUCAAGAAGCUUUUGCCCACGAAAGCUGGGAUUUCUGGUCUCAAAAAGUAUUCUGGUGAGGCAGUGGCGUGAAUCGAAUUGGGUAAUUGGGCAUUCAAAAGGGAGCAACUUGCUUGUUCUUGUCAGGCUUUUUCAUCUUUGGAGUUUUGUUUGCUUCUUGUCUUGCCUUCCUACAUUCAGCCCCGGAUACCACAGUAGAAAUUCAUUCUCAAGAGCAGGAAGUGGUGAUUGCUUUAGGUAGCAAUGUCGGUGAUAGAAUAAACAAUUUCAAUGAAGCCUUGCAAUUAAUGAACAAACUUGGUAUACAUGUCAGAAAACAUGGUUGUUUGUAUGAAAGUGAACCUGCCUAUUACACUGAUCAGCCUCGUUUUCUAAACUCUGCGAUCAGAGCUGUUACAAAACUUGGGCCACAUGAACUCUUAGGGGUGCUUAAGAAAAUUGAGAGAGAAAUGGGUCGUACUGAUGGGAUACGAUAUGGUCCAAGGCCAAUUGAUUUGGAUAUAUUGUUUUAUGGAAAGUUCAAGGUUUGUUCUGAUUUACUUACUGUUCCCCAUGAGAGAAUUUCAGAAAGACCAUUUGUGGUGGCGCCAUUGAUAGAUUUACUGGGAUCAGCUAUUGACAGUGAUAUUGUUGCUCGUUGGCAUUCUCUAUUAUCAGAUUCAGAUGGGCUCUUUGGAGUGUGGGAGAAAUUGGGUGGUGAAUCUCUCAUUGGUAGGGAAGGGUUAAAAAGGGUUUUUCCCAUUGGAAAUCAUUUAUGGGAUUGGUCAGAAAAGACGACUGUAAUGGGUAUUCUUAAUCUGACCCCUGAUAGUUUUAGUGAUGGACGUAUGUUCCAGUCUGUGGAUGCUGCAGUUUCACAGGUUCGAUUGAUGGUUUCAGAAGGGGCUGAUAUGAUUGACAUAGGUGCGCAAUCUACACGGCCAAUGGCCUCCAGGAUUUCUGUUGGGGAAGAAUUGGAUAGACUAAUCCCUGUAUUAGAGGCUGUUGUAAAAAUGCCUGAGAUGGAAGGAAAGCUCAUAUCUGUGGAUACUUUCUAUUCGGAUGUUGCUUCAGAAGCAGUAAGCAAAGGGGCUCAUCUCAUAAAUGAUGUAUCAGCUGGGCAAUUAGACCCAAAGAUGCAUCGUGUGGUUGCGAAUCUCAAUGUUCCUUAUGUUGCAAUGCAUAUGAGAGGAGAUCCUUGUACAAUGCAGAGCAGUGACAAUCUGCAGUACAAUGAUGUUUGUAUGCAAAUUGCGUCUGAGUUGGCCUCCAGGGUUAGGGAUGCAGAGUUAUCAGGUAUCCCAGCAUGGAGGAUUAUUACAGACCCUGGAAUAGGAUUCUCAAAGAAUUUGGAACAUAACUUGGACAUACUCAUGAGAUUACCAGCCAUUCGGGCAGAAAUGGCUAGGACAAGUUUGGCUAUCUCACAUGCACCUCUACUCAUCGGACCUUCACGAAAAGGAUUUUUAGGUGAAAUCUGCAAGCGUACCACUGCUGCAGAGAGAGAUCCUGCAACAAUUGCUUCCAUCACGGCUGGAAUUCUGGGAGGUGCCAACAUUGUUAGGGUCCAUAAUGUAAAAGACAACCUGGAUGCCGCAAAACUAUGUGACGCAAUGCUGAAAGUGAAAGGGAGGAAAACCCAGGCUUGAUUUUUGGAUAUUGAAAUUUCUGUUCAUUGAUUCUUGUACCAUGUCGAGGGAUAAAUCGAAAUUUCUGUUUAUUGAUUGUUGUAUCAUGUCAAAGCUAAAAAUAAUACAAUUUUUUUCAG